AUGGCCACGUCGCCGACGACACCCACUCCGACAAGGGCUACCUUCAGCCAAAACCAUGCUCAGCAACGACCCUUGCCCACAUCGCCGUUUCCGCAGACUGUCCAGAUACCCGAAAGUAUAGAUGAGAACAAAACUCUCCCUCAGCGUGAGGAUUCUCAGCGCUCAAAAAGGACGAGGGCAGAAUCAGAGGAUGUCGGCAUGGACGACUCGGACGGAGACGAUAAUGGCGAGGAUGGCUCCGACGACGAAAGUGUGAACGCUGAUGGCACAAAAUCGAAUAAGAAGAAGAAGUCGCAGAGAUUCUACUGUACCGACUAUCCGCCGUGCAACCUGAGCUUUACGAGAAGUGAACAUCUGGCCAGGCACAUAAGAAAACAUACUGGAGAACGUCCGUUCCAAUGCCACUGUUCAAGACGCUUCUCACGACUAGACAAUUUGCGGCAGCACGCACAAACUGUUCACGUCAACGAGGAUAUUCCCAUCGACUCUCUCGCCGCCACUGGUACCAGAUUCCAGCGCCAGAUCAGGACAGACAGAGUCCGCCAACCCGGUAGAGCCCGCUCUUCGACCGCUAGCAGUAUAGGGCCCGGUCGUGGUCAUGGAAAGUCACUAUCAACCUCAAGUAUCACUUCCAUCAACUCGAAUUUCGGUGCCCCACGCGAGGACAUCCGGCGCCGGCCUCCUCCUCUGGUCAUGGCAGACCCGCAGUCUAGGCUGUCGUUUGAGUCGUACCAGAGUACAAACAGCCAGUACUCGUAUCGACCUGUAUCGCCGAGCGAUUUCAGCACGCCAACGUCUGCGACUUUCUCGACGGGACAGAGUAGUCCGAAGUGGGGUUCGGGUAUUGCUUCCCCCACAACUGCCCAUGCUCGCUCUCACAGCAUGUAUGCCGGGUCACGUACUCCUGGGCGUCGGUUGAGCGUGCCGUCCUCGGCCGGCAACCCCUUCCAGUCUCCCCAUGGCGCAAACACCGGGCGGCCCCUCUUUGGGCCCGGCCCCAUUAGUGGCUCAGGCCCUGGUGCACUAUCACCCUCAAUCAGUGUGGUAGCCUCGCCCACUUCAUCUAUAUUCUCUAGACGCGACUCCAUCACAAGUGCCGCAGACGAGGCGUGGCGGCGAAGAACCUGGCAUCCCGAUUCAAGCAACUUCGCAGCGACUAAUGCAAGCAGUCGUCUCAGCAAUGUGAUCACACCAUCCCAGUUUCAAAGUCCUGUUUCGGGGCCUUUGCCAAUAGCAGAUCCGACCUCGCAGAGUAACAAUGUAAGACUGCCAGGUAUCGAAUCGUUCGACCCGUUGCCUCUUCGGCAGCCGUCACCCUUGAAGCGUAACCCGUCUCCAAUGAUGAUCGACUCGGAACCUUUGCGGCAGACAGCACUACAGCCGGUGCGAGAACAUGUCGAGGAGAGGCCAACAACUGCCAACUGGGAUAUGGGGCUGCACCGUGGCCUGACUCGCUUGGACUUGGCCUCAAACACCACUCCGCCGAGAGAUAGCGCCGGUGCCUGGGCUCAAGAGGUCCAGCAAGCUGUCGAGGCAGAAGCCAACCGCGUUAAGCUCAACCCGCCUACCGUCAGAUUCAACGAGCACGUGACAGUAACAGGUCCACCUAGUGUGUCCGCUCCUCGAAUAUUCCACCAGCACACAAUGUCAGCUCCUAUGGUGUCCUAUUCGAGGGAGAACAAACGGCACGGAUGGUACCACGGCCCAGUAACUGUGCACAGUGAGGCCCGACCCGAGAAGAUGGCAAGGGUUGAGCGAAUGGUGCACCCUAAUAUCAGCCACUUCUCUGGCUUUCCCGCCAGGAACCAGCCUCCACCUCAGGAGCAGCCUCGAGCCGAAGCCACAGGCGACAGAGACAACAUGCUGCGCUUGCAAGCUUUGGUAGCUGUUGCCACUAGCGAGAACAGCGCUACCACUGCAUAUUAA